GAAAAUUGGAUUCAGACCCCCGUUACAAGGCGGUCGACUCUCACGGUAUGCGAGAGGAUUGGUUCAGAGAAUACUGCAAGAUCUUGAAGGAGGAGAAGAGGCGCCGUAAAGAAGAACGGGAAAAGGAGAAGACCAAGGAGAAACAUAAGAAGAAGGACAAGGAACGGAAGCGCGACAAGGACAAGGAUGGAAAGGAAUCGAAGAGUGAUGGACCUAAAGAAGAACCAAUGGAAGUCGAUAAAAAGGAGCAGAGUGUCGACGAAGGUGGCAAAGGAAGAAAAGGACAAGGAGCGUCAGGCUAAAGCAGAAGCUAGUCUUAAAAGACGCGAAGAAGAAGUUCAAAGAACGUUGGCUACUCAUAUGAGGGAUCGGGAGAAGGAAAGGGAGCAACAUAAAAGAGACGAGGCUAGACAACACUUCAACGCAUUGCUCGUUGACUUGGUUCGAAAUUCGGAACUGAGCUGGAAGGAGGUAAAGAGAAUCCUAAGGAAAGAUCAUCGGUGGGAUCUGGCCGAGUCUCUGCCUCGUGACCAGAAAGAAAAGCUAUUUAAUGAACAUGUUGAAGCUUUGCUGAAGAAGAAGCGUCAGAGCUUCAGGGAAAUGCUAGAUGAAACAUCUGAGGUUAACCUCGUUAGCAACUGGAAAGAAAUAAAAAAGCUUAUCAGAGAUGAUCCAAGAUAUACAAAAUUCUCUUCCAGCGAAAGGUGUGAACGAGAAUUUAAGGAUUAUCUAAAAGAUAAACUGUUGACUGCGAAAAAUCAGUUUAAAGAAUUGUUGCAAGAAACCAAACUGAUAACACACAAAUCAUUGACGUUGCUCAGAGAAAAUCAAAAUCACAUGCAGGAAAUUGAAGACAUUCUGAAAAAUGACAAAAGAUUUUUGAUUUUGGAUCAUAUACCACAAGAAAGGACUCAAUUAAUUUUGAAUUAUCUCGAAGAACUCGAUAGAAGGGGUCCCCCUCCGCCUCCGACUGCUACGGAGCCAAACAGGCGAGCUAAGUAAUAAUUUACAUCACAGCCGCAUUAAUAUCAGUUUACUUUGUAAUUGCAUUAUUAUAAAAUGGUUUAUUUGCUUUUUAAUUACUGUUAUUUUGGCAUGGGCUGGGUUCAAUUAUCAAUAGUGAACAGUCCUAAAUGCAAGCUUAUUUUAAUCUCGCAUUUAGUGAACAUUUGGUGGAGAAACCUUUUAAAUAAACGGUUUAUCUUAAA